CAGUGAGGUUGUAUCAAAAUGAUUCUGGAAGUGCCUUUAGUAGUAGAUAGAAGCUUUGCCAUUGGUAGAUAGUAAACAUAUUGUGGAUUAGUGUACGUAUUGGUGGGAUUGGUGGUAGAGAAGCCUAGUAGUGAUACUUGUAGUAGUCUAGUGUUGGCGUGGUUGCUAUGUUCCAAACGUCAAAUGUCAUAUAAGAUGGGAGGGAGCCAACAUUCAGCUAUCAGCUUUCGCCGAGAGUGGAUAGAGAAUAGCGUAAAAAGACUCUGGUUAUUACAGCUAUUGUUGUAAAUCUGUUACCUUUGAAGGUUAGCAAUGUCGGAGUUAGAAAAAAUUAGCAUAACACUGGGGAAGUUCAACCAGUCACACGUUUUACAAUUUUGGGACGAAUUAACGGAGGAACAAAAAACAAUAUUGUGUUGUGAUAUUAAAGAAGUGAACGUGGCAGAAGUAUGUUCAUACUUCCAAAAGGCUAUGGAGACUUUGAACGAGGAUCAGUCGAAGUUGGAUGAUCGUAUGGAACCAGUACCGCCAGAAUUAUACGGUGGAGUUGUCAGAUCGUCACCUGACGAACUGAAGUCUUACGAAGCCGAAGGUUUACAGCAAAUCUCAGAAGGAAACGUAGGUGUUCUCCUUAUGGCAGGAGGCCAGGGUACCAGACUGGGAGUGUUAUAUCCGAAAGGUAUGUAUGAUGUGGGCCUUCCUUCACACAAACCAUUAUUUCAGCUGCAGGCAGAGAGGAUUAGGAAGUUGGAAGACCUGGCUUACGACAGAACAGGUAAACGUAGCAGUAUUACAUGGUACAUCAUGACAAGUGAAGCCACAAUGGAUGCAACAGAAGAAUUUUUUAAGGAACAUAACUUUUUUGGUCUUAAUAAGAAUAAUAUUGUUAUGUUUGAACAAGGUUUGCUUCCUUGUUUUACAUUUGAUGGCAGAAUUAUCAUGGAUGAAAAAUGGAAAAUAGCAAGAGCCCCAGAUGGCAAUGGAGGAAUUUAUAGAGCAUUGCGAGACAAGAACAUUUUGGAUGAUAUGGAAAACAGAGGCAUAAAGUUUCUCCAUGCACAUGCUGUAGAUAACAUUCUUGUUAAAGUAGCAGAUCCUGUGUUUGUUGGCUACUGUGUAAAAAAGAAUGCAGAAUGUGGAGCAAAAGUAGUUGACAAGGCAUCACCACAAGAAGCAGUAGGUGUCAUAUGUAAAGUAGAUGGACAGUACCAGGUUGUAGAGUAUAGUGAGAUAACAUCAAAGACUGCAGAGAAGUGUAAUAGUGAUGGAAAACUAACUUUCAGUGCUGGCAAUAUCUGCAAUCAUUUCUUCACUACAGAAUUUCUUCGCAAAAUUGCAGACAAAGUUGAAAGCAACCUCCAGCUUCAUGUAGCUAAGAAGAAGAUUCCAUAUGUUGAUGUCAAUGGCCAGCGACACAAGCCUGAAAGACCAAAUGGGAUAAAGAUGGAGAAAUUUGUGUUUGAUGUUUUUCCAUAUGCAGAUCGAUUUGUGAUAUGGGAAGUAAAACGGGAAGAGGAAUUUAGCCCACUUAAGAAUGCAGAUACUGCAGAAAAAGAAAGUCCCACAACAUGCCGUAAAGACAUAUUUUCCUUGCAUCGCUCUUACAUUCAAGAUGCAGGUGGCUUUGUUGAAACUAAUGGGAUGGCUGUCAUUUGUGAGAUUUCACCUCUGGUAUCGUAUGCAGGAGAAGGGCUUGACAAACUUGUGUCAAAAAAGAAAUUCAAAUCGCCAGUUCUAUUAAGAAGCGCUCAGGAGGAAACUGCUUGUUCAAAUGGUUGUACAAAAUAACAGUGCAAUGGCAUUAAUCAAAGUGUAUAUACAUUUUGAUGGUGUACAUUCAGUUCCUACAGAAACUCUUUCAGUUUGAGGUUUCUUGGAGAAGAAAUAAGCUGCUAGCACAAAGAAUAUCUCUCCUAAGUGCUUUUAUUUGUUUCAAAUAGUGAACAGAUAUUGGUAUUUAAUUUCCUGAUAGUGGGUGUCUGUAGGUAAUUGAGUUGCUUUGAGGAAAUAUUAGAAUAUGCUUGACCUCUACUUUAUUUUUUUUUAAUUCUAACUUCCAAGGCUGACUUUCUCAGACAGCGAAAUAGCAAAAGUGAAAGUUGAUUGUACAGUUAUAACAGUACAGUCUGUUGCAUAAUCAGUAAGGUGCCUCAGUUCCUCAUGUAUAGGUGCAGCAUAAACAAGGAAGUGAACCAGUCGCUGCAAGCUAUUCGGCUGGGAUUUUAUUCACCACAGAAAUGCUUUUAAUAUGAAUUUGAUGUAAUGGUACUAAUAGUUCCAGAAAAUGUUUACUAGAACAUAAUUGCUCAUGUAGUAUUAUUUUUAUAUGAAAUAUAUACAGAAGACUUAUGUACUCUACAUGUGAUUAUUGAAACUUAAAAGUAUUUUAAGUGGGAGUAUAUAUUUUUACACCUUUAUAAUGUAAGUAUUUGCAAGGUUUUUGUAAAUAAUUGGGGCUUUUAUACUUUAUGAUUAAUUUAAAUAUGUUAUUUUUUAAUUAAAGUUUAUUUAAAAAGUAAAUAUGUAUUUCCUGUGGCAGUUGUGUUUUUACCACCGUCAGACACUUUUGUAAGCAAAUGUACAAACUAUUCUGUAUGCUUGUUAGGUAUUAGUUUUAAUGGUUUUGUCUAAUUUAUCUUUCAUAAAAUAUAAUAUAAUAUGUCAUGACAUGGUACAUAUAAUAUGUAUAAUUUCCUUGGGUAUAGGUACAUGUACAUAUGCAAUUUAUGGAGGUUUAAAUAUAUUUUGUACAGUAGGCCAUGUACUUAAUUUGUGUUACAGGAUAUUGUAUUUUGGGUGUUUGGUGAACUUUAUUUUUAAAAUUUGAAGAUAGUUUAUGUAAUACUUUUAUGGUUUGUAUCUUUUAAAUUAUGCUUUUAAUAAAUGUGUAAUGAUGUGAA